AUGCUUGUAGAAUCAGGAAAAACAACGAGAGGUAGGAACUCGACCAACAGAGAUAUGAUAAAUGGUAAGAGUAUUUCAUCUGACGAUGAUAAUGUAUUUUGGAUGAGAAUAGAGAAUGAAUAUUUUGGCAAAAUUGACGAUAGAAUGAGAGAUAUUUUGAAAUUCCAUAUUCACUCAUCCGAAUAUAUAUUAAACAUUAUUAACGAUUUUUUAAAGGUACGCGAAGAGGAAGAUUCUAAUGACUUUAUUUACUCAAGCAUGACCUUGAUGGAAGGACUUAGAGGUUGGAAUCGGGUUCCAAGGGAGGUUCAUGGAGAAGGGUUUGGAUUAUUUGAGAACAAUGGAGAAUCACAAAAUACAUUGGAUGGAUAUUUGCAAGAUUCACUUAAAGAAGAACAAAAUAAUAAGACAUUAGAUUUUGAAGAAGAAGACACAGAAAAUUAUAAUGAGAAGAAAAUAAAAAGUAUAAGCUUGACUUUAAGCAUUCCACCAUUAAGCAAACCAACAGAUUUUCCAAGAGAGCUAGCUCACUGCAAAAGUUUGAAAGAGAUUUUACAUAAUUUAGUAAAAAUACAAUGUGCAUAUAAAUAUACGAAAUUAAACAGUAGCAGAAACCUAUAUAGUACAUUGGGUAUAAAAGAAGGUGAUACACAAGAUAAGAGUUUAAGUGGAACAUGUAAUUAUGUUUGUUUAGUUCCAGAUGUAAUAUCAGGCCCAAACGUAGAAUGGUAUAAUAUUUUACAAGAAUCAGACAAGGAAAGAUUAAUCUGUAAGGAUUUUGAUUGUUAUAAUUACAAUGAUAUUUCAGAAGAAUGGAUUUUUAAUAUUAAUAAUAAGAUCGAGAAUAUGGAACUUAGAAAAAGUUUGUUAGAUACUAGCCACUUACUUCCUUAUAAUCAUUAUAAAAAAGAAUUGGAAGAAGAAAGUACGCAAUUAAAUUCAGUGAAGGAUGAACAAAUAAUGAUAGAUGAAAGCAUAUCAAAGAAUGAAGGGAAUAACCAAAUUAAGAGUAUUCUUGGAACAGGAGAGUAUUUAAAAAAGAAUGAAUAUUUUAGAAUGAACCCAAAAGAUUUAGUUCCAGUCGUUGAAUUAGAAGGCAAGAUAAGUGAAGAAGACACCACAGUAAGUAAAAUAAAAAGAGCAAAGAGUUUUGGAGAUUUUUUUCAGGAUAAUCUACAUAUUUCUCCAAAUAAACUAUUAAGCACUAAGAAUUCGAAUAUAAUUGAUAACUCUGAGAAUUUUAACAUAGAAUACACAGAUAGAUCUGGAUAUUUAAACCUUUCUUCAAUAAUGAAUUCUGACAAAAGGAUAGACUUUGAAAUGGCAAAUACAUUAAAUAAAUGCUACAUUUUUCAAGACACAGCACAAGAUAAUAUUCAUGAAAAUUACCAUGGAGAGUUUGAACAAAGAUACUUAAAUAGGCAAAAAGAUAAGGAAUUGAGAGAAAUAUCCAUUUCUUUAAUUAAAAGACUUAAGGAUAUAUCAAGCUUAAAAGUGGAAAUGUUUCAAAGAUUAUUGUCCAGAGUAGAGAAGGAGAGUCAACCAAAUCUGAGUUAUUGGUACAAGAAGGAGUAUGAACUGAAUGAUUACUAUAGAAGAAAGCAUUUUGACAUUGGUUAUAAUUAUACACUAGAAAGACAAGCAAUGGAUCUGGAGAAAUUUAGGUUAGGUUGUAUAGAGUCAAAAUACUUACCAAGUGAGUGGCAAGAGACAGCUUUAUGUUCAAUAUGUGGUAAUGAUACAGAUUGGGAUGAGGAUCCAAUAUACUUUUGUGAUGGCUGUUAUCAACCGGCUCAUCAUUCUUGUGUAAAUCCAAAACAGCCAUUUAGAUAUAAUUCUACAAGAAUGUUGAAUGUAUUAGAGAGGGAGAAGAAGUGCCAACAAGGGGAUCUUGAUAGUUCGAACCCAAAAAAAAAGGAUGAAGUGGAUGAGGAUGAUCAAUGGCUUUGUGAUGUUUGUUUGAAUAUAAAAAGCCAGUUUUUGGAUCAUCAAUAUUUAUUUUUUGGUAUAAUUAGGAUGAUCAGUGGCCCAAGGGAUAAGGAAACAAUUAACCAGGUAAUUCAGUCGAUACGAAAGAACGUGAAUCCAUUUUUAAGUCAAUUAAUUGCAUAUAAUGUGAUAUCAUCAUCAGUUCGGGAUCAGAGUUUUACUGAUCCAAUAAUAUUUCCAUGGAUUAAUGAUUGGAUAUUCCCUGAAAUCACUCAACAAGAUUCAGAAUCAUCUCAGGAAGAGGAGAAUACUAAAGUUGUGAUCACGGAGAGAAGAAAGGGAAGGCCAAGAAAAACUCCUUUAUUAUCUUUAACAACUCUAAACAAAACUAGUUUCAGGUACUUUACAUUCAAUUUUUCAACUAUUAAGCCAAGAAAUAUUCAUGAAAAUGAUCAAAAAGAAAGAGGAGAUCAAGAUGAAGGGAAAGAGAAGCAAUAUCAUGAUAACUUUAACGUUAGUGAUAGUGAUUACAAUUUUGAACAUCAGAAUUAUCACUUUGAAUGGACUCCUACGUGCCAGAUACCUUACAAUUUUGCAAAUUUGGAGAUUUUUAAGAGACAAAUAUUUAAUCCUGUUAAAUGGUACAACAAACAAGAAGUAAUAAGAAGAGCUAACCAAACUCCUCCUCCAGCAAUAAUUUCUUGUUUAGAAUCAAUGAUAGACAGUGAUAAUGAAAGUAUUGAAGAAAAUAGAAACAGACAUAUUUGUGGUAAUUCUUCUUCCUCUUCAAACCCAUUAUAUGAUCAUACUGAUAAUAUCAUUCAAAAAAAGGAUACAGGAGUGUUGGAAAUUUUUAAGCAUGAUGAAGUAAUUAUAAGACAAUUAGAAGAAAAAGGGGUGAUCAUACAUGACAAAGAAAAUAACUUUUAUAAGGUAAAAAUAAAAGUACCUGUUUGCCAAUUAUGCGGAUAUGAUGCAUAUUGUAGAUCUGGUGGUAUAAUGAAGAAAACAGUUGAUGGUUUUUGGGCUCAUAUUAGAUGUGCUCUCGGGAAUAGCAGUGUUUUAAGCAGUGAUGGAAAUUAUUUGAGAAUUAAAGUCGAUCUAAACAGGAAUAAAAUAAAAUGUGAAGGAUGUGGGAAAACUGAUAGUUCUCCAAUACUUUGUCAUAAUGAUCAAUGCUGUAAUUCUUACCAUAUUAAUUGCGCAUCAUCUAGAAAAGAUUGUAUUGUAGACUGGGAAAAUGGGAGGCCAUUAUUAUAUUGUCCAGAACAUUCAUGUAAUAUAGCUCCGACAAUAUUAUUAAGAAAAUAUCAAUUAAGUAAUUUUAAUAAGUGGUAUAAUUACAGAUUUGAGAAUCAAAAUUAUAAUGAUUCAAUAUUUGGUAAUAUAUUUACAUUACCAAGUAUUGUUAGACAGACAUUUUUAGCAGAUUUGAGAGAUGAUACACGUACUGUAAUAUUUUUGACAAGACUACUUUCAAAAUCUGAAAAUAUUCACGGAUUGAAAAAUCAAGAGGAAAUAAGACAAUCAAAUUGUAAUAGUGAAACUUUAUCUAUACAAAAGAUACAGACACAACAUAAUAAUAGAGGUGAUCAUCAUUUUGUUUCUGGAGAAAGCCAGAUUGUUUUGAAUGGUUUUGCAAAGUUUCAUUUAUAUAUGCCAGAAUUAGUUUAUGUACAAUCAAUAGAAACUGUAUUAUCAAGAUUAACAACUCCUUGGUCAGGUGAGACGGUUUUUUGGCAAAAAGUCAUAGCAGAAAAUAUUUUUAAUUCAUUUGGAAUAUCAGAUUUAUUUCAAAUAAACCAGUACAAGUAUUUGGAUAAUUCUAGAAUCAUGACAUCAAGUAUAUUUGGAAUCAUGGAAAUUUUAUUAAAUAGAAUGAUUAAUCCAUAUGAAAUUCGUUUGAUUACAUUAAUGAUUGCUUCAAAGAUGGGUUUUGGUCCUUGGUUUUCAUUCUUUUAUUAUUGGAAGUUUAUUCCACUAACAUUCUACUAUAAUAUAAUUAAAGGUUGUUCAGAUUUAUCCCUUUAUGAACCUAAAUCAUAUAUUUAUUCUUCAGACUAUAAUGUUAUAGAUGAUUAUUUUAAUAAUAAUGAAUUACAGAUGAAGAAUGUAAAUUAUCAUUUAGGUUUAUUUGGACCAAAGAAUUUGAGUAUUGAGAAAUUGCAUCCAAAUGAAGCUCACUUAAAAUCAAUCAAUUCUUGUUCUUCAAUAAUUAGUCAAAAUUGGAAUUAUUGCUGUCAAUUGUGUGGAUAUCAAAUACUACUCAAUCAUUCACUAAAAAAAAAUAGGGAGCAAUCAUUAUUUGGUGAAAGUAAUCAUAUAGAGAGUUAUUCUGAGGAAGCCAUGAUUAAUAGUAAUUUGAGUAAAAUUGGCUUUGGAUAUUCAAAAAUUCCAUAUUUAUUAAAAUGCCAAAUAUGUAAUGUGGUCAUCUGUUCUGUUUGUAAUAAUAUGUAUCAAUAUGGUUUAAUUAUUGAUUAUAAUGAUAAACUAAUAUUACAAUAUGGAGGGAAUUCUAUUUUGGAUGACGAGAAUCAUUCUCAAUCUAUAUUAAUAGGAAUGAAAUGCCAGAGAUGUAUUGAUUUUGAGCAGAGAAAAUUUGAAAAUGUGAUUACCGAAAGUUGUUGUUGUUUAUGUACAAGAUUUGAUGGUAUUUUAUUACCAAUAAGAAAAGGGUCUCAGAUAGAUUUUACAGGAGUAAAAAUAAGAAGAACACUUUUGGUGGAUGGAAGUAUUUCAUUGGAUGAUCAGUAUAGAUUAACUUGCGAUGUAUGGAUACAUCCAGUUUGUUUGGAAUGGCUUGUUAUGGCAAAAGUACAAGUAUUUAGUUUAAAUAAUGUUGUAUUGAUUGAAAAGAAACAUUUUGGUAAUGUUUGUAAAUAUUGUGGAUUUUCAAAUGGGGCAACUGUAGGUUGUGCAUUGAAUACCUGUAAUACAUAUUUUCAUGUAUCUUGUGGAAGGUCUAUUGGAUGUAAAUUUGAUUCAAGUAGAAUCAAAACAAAGCAUAUUGAUCAGUAUUACAGUGUUUUGAAUAAUGGAGGAGCUUUAAAUGCGAAUUCUUCUGGUGUUUUGCCAAGUGGAGUGUAUAGAAGGGCGUGGUGUAUAAGCCAUAAUCAUUGUAAUAAUAGUAAUGGUAAUAAUAACAAUAGUAAUAAUAAUAAUAAUAAUCAUCAUCAUCAUCAUCAUAAUCAUACUAAUGGUAAUAAUAAUAAUAACAAUAAUAAUACAAUAGCAAAUUCAGGUAUUCAUAUAUCUAGAGGAAGUAUUAUGAAUAGUUAUGGAUCUAAUUUUGUAUCUACAUUACCUUCUUCAUCCAACUAUUCAGCUUGUGGGACAAUAAUGGUAUCAUCUUUCUCAAACUCUCAAGAUUUGGCACAACUUAGACUAUUGUAUAGUAAUAUAAUACAGAGUAAUAAUGAAGUACUUAAUAAAGCUGAACAAGGACUGGACAUUAAUAGGAAUAUUAAUGUAAGUUAUGCAUUAAAUCAGAACUUGGAUACAAGUUUGAAGAUCAGUUUAUUGGGUUAUUAUGGUUUGGUAUUGUCAGUAGAUCAAAAGAAUAGGGCAGUAUUGGAGAAAAUUUCAUCUACUUCAAAAGAUAAUUAUAUUGUAUCUGAUAUAAAAAGUAAUCAUUUAUUAAUUGAUUUAAGAAACCCAUUGUUUUUAAGGAAAAUUGAAUUUAAUCAAGAAACACAAUCUUCGUCUUCUUCAUCUUCAUCUUCUUCAUCUUCUUCAUCAGAUCAUGACAUUUUAUAUAUUGAUAAGUGGGAAGAUCUUAUUCAGAUUCUUGUUUAUGAGGUUGUUUCAAGGUUUGUUUAUGGGAUUGGAAUUCCCAAACAGAAAACUAUUAACUUUUCAAAGUCACAAAGAAAAAGGAAUUUAUCUUCUAAUGAUCAAAAGAAUCUACAAUCUUCUUUUGGUCUAGUGGGAGGUAUGGGAAUUCCAGGGAUUUUGGGAGUUUCUGGAGGUAAAAUAGAAACAAAAGGAAUAACCAGAGAAAUAGGAGCAUUAGAAACAACUGUAAUAACUGGAACAACUGGAGAAAAUGGAACAACUGGAGCAACAGGAACAACAGGAACAACAGGAGCAACUGGAACAACAGGAACAACAGGAGAAACAAGAACAGUGGGAAAUAGAUUAGAAGAACUGACUUCCGAGGUUCAAGUUGCAAAUAGUGUACUUAUGGAAAGACCGAGUUCGAUUAGUAUUCAGAAUGUAUGCCCAGCAUGUGACAAGAUUUAUAAGAGGGAUUGGCAGCAAAUUUGUUUGGAUUGGAUCUAUUGUGAUCUAUGUAAUAAUUGGUACCACUGGUACUGUUUGGGAUUAUAUAAGGAAAACAUUCCAAGUGAGAAUGAACCAUUUCACUGUAUGUAUUGUUUGGAAAGAAAACAAAAAAAAAAAAGAGGCAGGAAGAGGAAGAAUAUACAGUUUGAUAACGGUGGAGAUAACAGUACAACUAUAAACAAUAACACUAUUACUAUCAGCAAUGAUGUUGCACAAGAAGAAAAUCUGUUUAAUAUAGAAGAAGGGGAUACCUCUUCUUUUUUCUCUAAUCACAAGGAUUUUGUACCAAAAUCAGUAGAAGAGGGAGAAACUGAAAUUUCUGGAAAUUUGAUUGUUGAAAAGCAGAAUUUAGUAAUCGAACCACUUUCUCCUUCAUCUUCUCUCUCAUCUUCAUCUUCUAUAUCAUCUUUAUCCUUGUCUUCAAUGUAUGUGGAAUCACAAUCUUCAAGUUCCUCAUACAAUUCCUCUCAAAUAAAAAGAUGGGUAAAGAAGCGAGCCAAUUCCAAAAACAAAAUUGCUCACAAGAGAAGGGGAAGAAGUCGUAAGGGAGCAAAGAAGAAGAAUUGA